AUGUCAAAAACCUGCCCAGAGCUGCUGAGAGAAGCAGCGAAUUUGAUUGAGGAAGCUCUGAGCAGAACUCCUCCGGCUCCGGCGGCUCAGUCACAGCAGAUACCUGCUGCUCCAUCACGUAACGUUACACCUGUCCAAGGGAAUGACAACGAUCCUAUGGUUAUAACAAAUAAACUGAUGGAAGUGUUUCCGAAGCUCAAAGAAGGGGGAGGCUUUGAAUUUCUAAAAAUUGCAGGAUCUACUCGUAGCCGAAAUCUUGUGCUGCUUGCGUGUCCCAGCACUGGAUACACCCUUGCCUAUCUGAAAGAUCCAUCGACGAUGAUUGGACAGGCUACAAUCUACAUACGUCCACUUCAACAGGAUCUACCCAUAGAUUGUGAGAGCUCACAAACUGCCUCUGGUCCAGUCAUCCCCUGCAUCACCUGUCAGAAGGAAGUUCCCUUUGCAGAGAUGAAGCUGCACAGAUUGAGCUGCAAUGGGACACCCAUACAGGAAUUGGAGAGAGGACAAGAGGGAGGCCGAAGUGAAAAUGAUAGAGAGACAGCCCCAGUCAGUGACAGUGUUCCAGUGAGGCCUGGAACAUCAGCUGAGAAUGCAGUUGUACCAGCAGUGACUGACAAGGACUUGGAUCACAAAGAAACAGACAAUGAAUGGAAGCUUAUCAAAGAACCAGCUCAAGCUGCCAAGGUUUUCAAAGAGAAUCUGCUAAGGGAACAUGCAUCUGGGAAACCACUGAGAAUGAAAAUGGAUGUAAGGGACUCUGAAGAGGACAGGGAACGGGAACUUCUCUCAUUCUAUAAACAGCCGCAAGAAUGGGCAUGUCCACUUCACUGUACUCUUCUUGGUGAUGUUGCUGUCGGAGAGGGAGUGAUGCGGUACUUUAUGACAACAAUAAUAUCCAAACUGCAGUUUGGAUUCAGUCUAGAUCUUGGAGGAAUGGGCCGAACACUGCUUUUUGAGGGUGAACCUGACCAUCUUGUUCCAGCAGCAUCAGAGGUGCUCAUUGAAAGUGACCUCUUCCGGGUUGCAGGAAGGAUGUUGGCCCACAGCUUUCUGCAUGACGGCCCCCAUGUCACAGGAUUAAGUCCUGCUGUAGUUCAUGUACUGUUCAACGGGGACCCUGAAACGGCAACUGUUGUUACAGAAGACUGUCCUGAUCUGCACAUCAGGAGUAAAACUGCUUGA